AUUAUCCGCAAAAUGCAUUAAAUGUUGUCCACAAACACGAUGACGAUCACGGUCACGAUCACUCAGCCGAACACUCAAGAGCAAGCCUCCUGAAAUCGUUGCAGAAUUCUCGCAGCCUGCCAUGGAGUUCACAGUCCAUUCCAUUUCCCGCCCCAACCUCCCUCUCCCUCUUUCCUUCUCCCUUCAUUCAUCUUCCCCUUCCAAUUCCCUAACUCCAUACCCACACACAAGAACCAAAUCAACUGCCUCCAUCCUUCCGCCAUUGUUGCUGCGUUCUGAUCUCAAUCUCACCUUCAAAUCAAGGGGACGAUCACUUCUUCAACCUCUACGAGCUUUCCAGUCUGAAUUCGAGCCUCAAUCUUCUUCUGUCCGCUGGCUUCUCGUUCCCGUUGGCGAUGGCGAUUGGAAGCAUAUCGGUUCCAAAGUUGAAAUGCCUGAUGCGUUUGAAAUUGUCUCGAAUGAGAUCACUGUUGGGCGCCUUCCCGAGAAAGCUGACAUUGCAAUUCCAGUUGCUACAGUUUCUGCUGUACAUGCUCGCAUCAAAAAGCAAGAAGACAGGCUUUUAGUCAUAGAUCUAGACAGCACAAAUGGGACUUUUAUUGAUGAUAAGAGACUCAAGCCUGGAGUUGUUGCUGCUGUAUCAUCUGGGAAUUGCAUUUCUUUUGGGGACAUCCAUCUGGCCAUGUUUCAGGUGUCAAAGUUAAAGACUGAUAAAGCUGCUAGCAAAAUCCAAGAAUCUGAGGACUCAAUCGGUAACUCGGAAACAAGUUGAAAAAAUGGUACAUUUACAUGUCUUCUAAGAGCAAAUAUGUGCAAAAUUCUGCACAUUCUGUAUCGUAACAGUAAUCUUUGCAUGAAAUUUUUCAUAUGAGUUGAAGAAUAUUGAAGAGCCAACGAGUCAUCU